AACAAAAGGCUGACAAAAACAAAAGAAAAAAAUCAAGUGGCCCUACGGUAAUCUAUACACCACGUCUCUCUACCGCUUAUCUCACAAAUCCUUAUCCGUAGCAUCAAACCCUUCACUUUUGUCUUCUUCUUUUUUCUUCUUCUUCUCUGCUAUCUUUUUUAUUCCUCCUAUUUUCCUCACCCCUCUCUUUCUCCUCCUCCUUUUUCUCUCUAUUUUCAUUUUGAGUUGCCGUUUUGUUUUAGGGGUUUUCCUCUCUUUGAAACCCUCGACUGGUCGCUGCGCUUAACGCGUUUUAUCAUUUCGAUUGAAUCGAGGGUUUUCUUUUUCUUAGGUUUAAUUUUGUUUGGGUUGUGUUUGGAUUUCUGGGAAUCCCCUGUUUUGAGCUUCUAUUCUAUUUGGAAAAAAAAAGAACACAUGGCUUUGUUGACUAUUUUAUUGGAGAUAUUAAAAAGACCUAGUGUUUGGGAUGUCCUGACCGAGCUAGCCAUGUUUACGGUUCCUUUAUGGACUGCUGUUAUAGUUGGAGUUCUAGUAGGAUGGGCAUGGAAACCCAAAUGGGCCAAUUUGGGUAUCUCUUCUGUCUGUAACGACUCUGCAAACAAAGUAGCAUCACCAGUGGCGGUCGAAUCUUCGUCGUCCAUUACAACCUUCAAAUCAAUGAGAUUUCAGUUGCCUAGUUGCAUGUCUUGGGUUGCCGACAAUCAUAUUCAAAUCGAUUCUGCUUCUGCACCGCCUUCCCUUAGUUCUGAUUGCAGUUCGUCACAGCUUGAAAAGGAAACAUCAAGUAUAGUGAAUGAUGAUGACCUAGAGCAUUUGUGUAAGAUUGUGGAUGAGAAAGAUGGUGGUCCUGCUUGGAUUCAGAUGAUGGAUCGUUCUACUCCAACUAUGACUUAUCAAGCUUGGCGCAGAGAUCCUGAGACUGGCCCUCCACAAUAUCGCAGCAGAACUGUUUUUGAGGAUGCCACUCCUGAAUUUGUAAGGGACUUUUUCUGGGAUGAUGAAUUUCGGUUGAAAUGGGACGACAUGAUGUUACAUGCUGCAACUUUGGAGGAGUGCCCGACAACAGGAACCAUGAUCGUCCAGUGGGUACGCAAGUUUCCCUUCUUCUGUAGCGACAGAGAAUACAUCAUAGGUCGUCGAAUUUGGGAAUCAGGUCGACUGUACUACUGUGUUACAAAGGGAGUUCCUUGCUCCUCUGUGCCAAGACGUAAUAAACCUAGACGUGUUGAUUUGUACUAUUCAAGCUGGUGCAUUCGCGCAGUUGAAUCUAAAAGGGGGGAUGGCCAGCUAAGUGCAUGUGAGGUGCUACUCUUCCAUCACGAAGACAUGGGUAUUCCUUGGGAAAUUGCAAAACUUGGAAUUAGGCAGGGUAUGUGGGGAGCGGUGAAGAAGAUUGACCCUGGUUUGCGUGCAUAUCAGAAGCAUAGAGCUGCUGGAGGCCCACUUUCACGAUGUGCUUUCAUGGCUCAGAUCAACACCAAAGUGAGUUCAGACUACCUGAGAUCUCUUGAAAGCAAUGCUAGUUAUUCAUCAGAGGUUGAAAGCGAUGAUUCAUCCAAGAAACCGGGGGGAAACAUACCUAGGCUGCUUGUGGUUGGUGGGGCUAUUGCUUUGGCUUGUACUCUUGACCGGGGAUUAUUAACUAAGGCAGUUAUAUUUGGUGUAGCCAGAAGAUUUGCGAAAAUUGGAAGGAGGUUGUGAUUUGGGUUGUUUUUCUUCUUUUUUGCGUCAUUACCUUUUACAGUCAAAGUUCAAUUGCAGUUUGCAGCAAACUGAGAAAUGGUUUAAUGAGGAAUCUCCUAACCUGCCCCUUUUCAAAUGGAUAGAAGCUUUGUAUUCAAUUUUUUUUUAUCCUUCUUCUCGAGUUAUAAUGCAGCUCCAGAUCCGAGAAAAGAGAGAUCAUAUAGCUGUAUUUAUGAAAUUUAGCAGAUCUCAUUAAAGAAUCUCAGGCUGCUCGAAUAACAAAAUAUUCAAGUUCUUUUAUUUUCA